CUUCCGAGACAGACGAAGGUUUAGGGCCCAGCAGAGGAGAGCUCAGCAAUGGCUCCCAUUUUUGGAGACGCAGGCGAAUUUCAGCUCCUGGGGAGGUGUGGUCGACUCCUCUUGGAACAGGAGGGGGCAUCAGUUCUCUUCUUCAGUAGCCAGUGCUUCUGAGGAGUGAAUGGAGUGUAUGGAGUAGGGCAUGUGCCUUCUUUUGAAAACUAGACCCGGGACAUGUUUAGUAACAGAAGAUAUCCAGGAGAGCCCUCUGUUGCAAGUUGUCUUUGCUUCUGGGGGAAAGGCUAUGAGCUCUCUGACUUAUGACCGGGAAGUCUCCCUUACCUUUUCUGUACUCCUGGAGAGGCGUCUUGCUCACUUGUUUACCAGCAUCUGGGACAAGGAAGAGAAAAGAAAUGAGCCGUCAGACUGCAACAGCAUUACCUACCGGAACCUCAAAGUGUGCGCCGUCCCAGAGGGUGCCUGCCCUGACGGGCACAACUGCCUCCAACAAUGACCUGGCGAGCCUCUUUGAGUGUCCAGUCUGCUUCGACUAUGUGCUGCCACCUAUUCUCCAGUGCCAGAGUGGCCAUCUGGUUUGCAGCAACUGUCGCCCAAAGCUCACAUGUUGUCCAACUUGCCGGGGCCCGUUGGGAUCCAUUCGCAACUUGGCUAUGGAGAAAGUGGCCAAUUCAGUACUUUUCCCUUGUAAAUACGCCUCUUCUGGAUGUGAAAUAACUCUGCCACACACAGAAAAAGCAGACCACGAAGAGCUCUGUGAGUUUAGGCCUUAUUCCUGUCCGUGCCCUGGUGCUUCCUGUAAAUGGCAAGGCUCUCUGGAUGCUGUCAUGCCGCAUCUGAUGCAUCAGCAUAAGUCCAUCACAACCCUGCAGGGAGAGGACAUAGUUUUCCUUGCUACAGACAUUAAUCUUCCUGGUGCUGUUGACUGGGUGAUGAUGCAGUCCUGUUUUGGCUUUCACUUCAUGUUGGUCUUGGAGAAACAGGAAAAAUAUGAUGGUCACCAGCAGUUCUUUGCAAUUGUACAGCUGAUAGGAACACGCAAGCAAGCUGAAAAUUUUGCUUAUCGACUUGAGCUAAAUGGUCAUAGGCGCCGAUUGACUUGGGAAGCCACUCCUCGGUCUAUUCAUGAGGGAAUUGCAACAGCCAUUAUGAAUAGUGACUGCCUAGUCUUUGACACCAGCAUUGCACAGCUCUUUGCAGAAAAUGGCAAUUUAGGCAUCAAUGUAACUAUUUCCAUGUGUUGAAAUGGCAAUCAGACAUUUUCUGGCCAGUGUUUAAAACCAUUGCAUUUGAUUUCACAGAGAAUAAGGCACCUGUCUGCCUACCAACCAAAAACUUGUGGUAGGUGGAAGCUAGACACAUGAAGGUAAAUAAAAGGAAAGGCUGUUAAAUACAGGAAACAGUUGCAUGUAAUAACACUAAUAUAUUUAAAAAUAAGUCAACAGUAAACCACUGAAAAAUAAAUAUAUAUAUAUAUAUACACCCAAGAUGGGCAUCUUUUGUAUUAAGAAAGGAAGCAUUGUAAAAUAAUUCUGAAUUUGUGUUUGUUGUAGAUUGAGUGUACCGUUGAAAAAUACUGGGUUCUUGUUUUUUUGUGUGCCUGUGCGUGUGUGUGUGUGCGCGCGUGUGAGUGUGUUUGGAUUUUCUUUUUUCUUUUAACUGACAAGCCAUGUUGAGUGGUCUUGGACCACUGCUUUUCCCCUAUGUGAGUCAAUACAUAGUGCUGCUGUGUGUGUAUAUUUUUUUUCUGUGUGUAUUUGCUAAUUUUUAUUAAUUCUAGUUUUUCAUUAAAUAAAUUUGACUUUCUUUUCUGUAAUUCAGGUUUUUCCUCACUUUUUUUUGUACCUUUUAAAGUUAGUGUCUUUUUGAUAUGCAUAAUUCUUGAUGGUAAAAUUUAUACAUGUGUUCGAUACAUAUUUUCUUUUCCCCCAUUAAUCAGUUCAUUAGAAAUAUUUUAAAUUCAACUGUUUUGUGAAGAUAUGAGUUUCAGAAAGGAAAGAUAACAUCAGAAGAAUUGUCAGAAACUAGUUAAAGCAGGAAAGAUAACAUCAGAAGAAUUAUCAGAAACUAGUUAAAGCAGCUCUAAAAUGGUCUCCCUCUCUUCUCCAGUUGAGUCAUACCUUCAGACUUAUUCUUUGUAAGGUUAGGGAGUACUGAUUUUUUUUUUUUAAUACUGGGGAAAAAAAAAUCAGGCUCCCCGUUCCCCCCACAUAUCUUGGACAAAUCACAUAUGUUUAAAAUUUGUUCUUGUGUUUAUUGGUUUUGCAAAAGAAGGCAUCGUCUCACACAGUAUUUGUAAUUAAAAGCAAAUCAUUUGUUUAAAAAGCAGUUUGCAAAAAAAUGUUUUUGGUCUUUUAUAAUUCUCAUUAAAAGAAUA